CUGAUGACAAACAUAAAUUGAUGUAUUUGUCAAUCAAUGCAAGUUGUGGUCGUUUUUGUCCAAAUUAUAUUCGUUUGAAUAUAUAAUGUCAAUGCAAUUAUGGCAAGAAAUCCAUGGAGUCCUCUGUUUGGAUCAAGAGGUCGGCCAAACCGAUACCACAUCUCUUGACCCCUUCACUGAAGACACUUUCAUCCAAAACCUGCACCACAGAUAUAAAAGAGACCAAAUCUAUACAUAUAUGGGGACAACGAUUAUUGCUGUUAAUCCAUAUAAGAAGUUAUCCUUUUAUUCAGCUGAAGUGAUUGCCGCUUAUCAACACCACCAUCUCCUCGAUUUACCACCACAUAUUUAUGCCGUCGCUGAACAUGUGUUUCAAUCAAUGAAAGAUCGGAAUCACGACCAGUGUAUCGUUACAACAGGAGAGUCAGCAAAAAUCGCAUUACAAUAUCUAAUUUAUGGAUCCAGUCGUCGAAGAAACUUAGAGUAUUUGAAGGAACAGUUACUUUCGCUGAAUUAUGUUUUAGAAGCUUUUGGAAAUGCAGUUACCAUUCAUAACAACAACUCUUCACGCUUUGGAAUGUUUUUGGAAAUUGAAUUUGACUUCAAAGGGGAUCCAAUGGGAGCCAACGUUACAAAUUGUAAGCACAACCAAACUAUUAGCUAUCUAUUGAAGAUUUUAAUACAAAAUAUUUAUUGGAAAAGUGUCGAGUCGUUAAUCAAUCAGUCGAUUUUGAAUGGAAUUGAUUUACAUUUGUUAAAGUGUUUAAAACUUCAGCGAAAUAUUGAAAGAAACUUACAGUUCAUACCAAAGGCCAACAUUGACGGCACUGAAGGCUGUUCUGUACUCAAUGAAUACGAGCUGUACGAUGUGUGCGAACUGUUGGUCUCGGAUAUGACUGCUUUGGAAACUGCAUUUACACAACGAAUCAUUGAAACCAGACAUGAAUUACUUGUCGCUGAUCUCUGUUCUAUUGAAGCCAAAAGGACAAGAGAUGCCUUAUGUAAAGCACUUUACAAUCGCCUCUUCACUUGGAUUGUCAACAAAGUUAACGAGUUUACAAAAUAUGAGCAAGAACAGUAUUUGAAAGAGGUAUUAUCGAUUGUAUUGAUUAUGAAUUGUUAUACGAUUUUCAUACAAAUGAAUGCUUGGAUAUACCGACAGAACAAUCACGGAAUACUAGCCCUAUUAGAUGAGGAGUGUUUGAAAGUGACGCCAAUCACUGAUGAGAUGUUCCUGCAAAACAUGAGCAAAGCCUGUGAGGAUAAUCCUUACUUUGACAGUCAGGAUAACCCAUACUAUGAAAGCCACGGAUGCAAAAACUUCGUAGUAGUGCCUCAUUUGAAUAUUUCCUGCGAACCACACAAUCCCGGAAGCGCUUCAUCACUGCCACCGCUGCCUAACCAUUGCUUUCGAGUCAGACAUUUCGCAGGAACUGUGACUUAUUCUGUAAAUGGUUUUAUUGACAAAAAUAAUGAUAUAUUAUAUAGAGAUUUAUCGUACGUUAUGUUUCAAAGUGAACACCCGUUACUAAAAGUCCUCUUUCCAGAGGGCAAUCCCUAUCGAACUCAUAUUAAAAGGCCGGCCUCUAUAGCGAGUCAAUUCAAGAUAUCUAUCGGUGCUCUCAUGAAGAAUAUACAGUCAAAAGAACUGCAUUUUAUAAAAUGUAUUAAACCAAACGCCCUAAAAGUGCCGCAAGUGUUUGAAACGGGUCUCGUUCAGCAUCAGGUCAGAUACCAGUGCUUAACCGAGACUUCAAGACUCCGAAAGGCCGGCUAUUUUCAUAGACAAGACUACGACUCCUUCCUAAACCGCUAUAAAAUGCUGUCAACGGUCACCUGGCCCAAGUGGACAGGCACUUCAAUUGACGGCGUUGCACUUUUGCUCAAAGAGUUCCCAAUUCAUCCAUCAGAAUAUGCUUUUGGAAAAACCAAGAUAUUUAUCAAAAACUUAAGACUGAUGACAGAAUUAGACGAUUACCGGAACGAGAGACUCAACGAAUUGGCAACUUUGAUACAAAAGGUAUGGAGGGCUUGGACUAAACGCAAACUAUUUUUACAACUCAUUGAAAGUCAACAAAUAAUCUCAAGGAAUUAUAAAACAUGGAAAUGUUAUAGAUAUCGGUUACGAUUCGAUCAAACGGCCCGAAACCGAAUGCGUGAGAAAGUGACGGCAAGUCUUAUAUUUCGAGAUAAGAAGGUCUCGUAUAAGAAGAGUGUUUCGCAUCCAUUUCGAGGCGAUUACGUCCGCCUCAGACAGAGUGUCCGCUGGAAGAGAUGCUCACAAGAAUUGGGCGAUCAAUACGUGGUGUUCGCAGAUAUUAUCAAUAAAAUCACUAAAAGUGGAGGAAAGUUUGUGCAGAAGUUGUUUGUGAUCAGUACGAGUGCUAUGAUUAUAAUGGAUCAGAGAACUAUGCAAUGCAAAUAUCGCAUACCUGUCCACCACAUCCAUAGGAUAUCAUUGAGCCCAUACAUCGACGAUAUAGUGGUCAUUCACACCAGUAGUGACGAGACAGGAGUUGAAGAGAGGAAAGCGUUUGUGUUUGAGUCGACACAUGUCAUAGAGAUAGUGACCAAAUUGUUCCUGGUCAUCCAAAACGCUGUCACUAAACCCCCGCAUAUUCUCAUCACUAAUGAAUUUGAAGCCGACUUCGGCAGAGAUGUCGUGACGUUUGUGUUCCGGUGUUUGGGUCCGCCCGACACCACCACCGGUCCCGCAAAGAUCCACAGACGACAGAACAAAAUGGAAGUCACCCUCUGAUCACCGGAAGCUGAUCCACACUCCAGUCAUACAUGCAUUGGCCUGAGUGUCAACCCAUUUGAGAUUAAUUUCAAUUCAAUUCAAUACAAGUUUAUGACUCAAUAAGUGCUCAAACAAUACGAUUAUAACAAGUAAUGCAAUAAUUGAUACAAUUUAGACAACUAUUACACUGAGUUCACCAUUGAGACCAAUUGGUCACCAUUGAGACCAAUUGGUCACCAUUUGCUCAAUCAUUCAAUGGAC